GGAGCCAAGAUAAAAGGUUGGCCAUAAAAAGAUGGUCGUAAUAACAACGUCAACAAUGGUGGCCGUUUCUAUCGCUGUAAUGAAACCCCUCUUGGAUAAACUGGCCACCCUUAUGGGGGAUGAGUUCGCUAAGUUGAAGAACCUCCGAAAAGAGGUCAAGUUGAUCAGCGAUGAGCUUACUGGCAUGAAGGAUGCUCUUGAGGAGCUUUCUCAUCUAGACGAGCUAGAUCGACCAACGACGAGAUGGAGAGACAAGGUGAGGGAGAUGUCUUAUGACACAGAGGACAUUAUCGAUGAUUUCAUGCUGAACUUUCGGCAGAGCAAUAAAAAUAUUGGUUUCUUUAGCAACACUAUUAAUCGCCUCAAAACUUUGAGGGCUCGUCACAAUAUUGGUGGCCAGAUCAAGGAGAUCAAGGCACUUGCGCUUGAGGCAAGCGCUUGGCGCCAACGCUACACCCCCGUGUACAAGCCUGAUACUCCCCCAUCAUUCAAUGUGGCCAUGCAUUCACGAGUUGUCACACUCUAUGAAGAUGCGGCUAAUCUUGUUGGUGUGGAAGAGCCAACGAAUGAGCUUGUCAACUUGCUAGCUGACGAGGACAAGCAGCUGAAGAUGGUAUCAAUUGUGGGAUUUGGAGGUCUAGGAAAAUCAACACUUGCCAAUGUGGUACUUAUGAGACUGAAGGGAAGAUUUCACCAGACUGCUUUUGUGUCGGUGUCUCAAAAGCCGAACAUCCCAAAACUUCUCUAUAGUUUGUUGUUUCAGCUUGGGGAUGCACCACCUUCUAAUGAUUUGGCGUUAAAUGUUCUUAUCGACAUACUCAGGAAACGUCUACAACAUAAAAGGUACUUCAUUGUAAUGGAUGAUAUAUGGGAUGUACAAGCAUGGGAUGUUAUUAAAUGUGCUUUCCCACAAAAUAAUCUUGGCAGCAGAGUAAUAGUAACUACUAGAAUUCAGGAUGUGGCCAAAGCAUGUUGCUUACAUGGAAGUCAUCACAUUUUAGAAAUGAAGCCUCUUAGCAACGAAGACUCAAGAACAUUGUUUCUUGGUAGGAUAUUUGGCUCCGAAGAAGCUUGCCCUCGUGAGCUUUGGGAUAUAUCGGUUGAAAUUCUCAAAAGGUGUGGCGGUUUGCCUCUUGCAAUUAUCACUAUAUCCAGCAUGCUAGCAAGUGAAAACUCCUAUCAAAUGGAAAGGUGGGAACAUGUAAGGGACUCUCUGGGAUCAAUAACAAACCUCACAUUGGAAAAGAUGAGGCAAAUCUUAAACCUCAGCUACAAAGAUCUUCCUUCUCAUCUUAAGUCAUGUUUUCUAUAUCUUGGUAUGUAUCCAGAGGAUUACAAGAUAGACAAAUAUAAUCUGCAACACCAAUGGAUAGCUGAAGGUUUUAUCACUAAAGAAAAUGGACAAGAUGUGGAGAAGGUUGCAAGAAGCUAUUUCAAUGAGUUGGUGAAUAGGAGCCUUAUUCAACCAAUAUAUUUUGACAAACGUGGAUCAGUGACAACAUGCAAAGUGCAUGACAUGAUGCUCGAUCUUAUCUUGAUUAAGUCUGCGGAAGAUAACUUUUUCACUAUAGUGGACAACCAACAAGCCAUUUCAGGACUGGACUGCAAGAUCCGCCGGCUGUCUAUCCGUAUGAAGAAUUUCUCUUCCACAAUGCUCGUGGGAAACAUUGGUAUGUCACAAGUCCGGUCACUUAUGGUGUUUGGGGAUAGUGGACAGAACGUACCAUCUUUUUCGGAGUUCAAGUUUUUGCGGGUUUUCUGUACUGACUGCUCCAGCUUUUGUUCAUAUGUUGGACUGUGUAAAUUGUACCAUCUAAGGUAUGUACAGAUCAGUGCAGCUCAUUGGUUUGAGCUACCAAUACAAAGUAGUGUGAUACAACAGUUGGAAACCCUUCAUCUGCACAUGAUGGUGUAUAAAUCAUAUGCUGCUUUGCUAUUGCAACCUUAUGGAAUUGGCCACAUAAAAUCCCUGCGCCAUCUAACUGGAUUUGAAAUUGAUAAAAAUAGCCUGGAUAAUAUCAAGGGCCUUGGGGAGCUGGCCAAUCUAAGAUACCUAUCUCUCAUAUGCAGAUCUUAUCUGUCCAACAUGGAGAAACCCAUGGAUGCUCUUUGCUCUUCUCUAGGAAGACUCGGUAGCCUCGAGGACCUACUGCUGGUCCAUGGCGCGGGUUGCAUAGAUGGCUUGUUUCCAUUGUCUCCUCCCCCAACUCCCUACCGCCUUCAGACACUCCUCAUUUCAGAACAAUCCUGGUUUAGCAUUGUCCCUAGCUGGAUGGGGAGACUCCGAAACCUCUGCGAGUUACAAUGCGGGGUUAUGGAGCUGCUAAAUGAUGGUGCUAGUAUCCUGGCGGAGUUACCUGCACUGAGUCGCCUGAAUAUCCAAAUCGGAUUAGCAUAUUAUCAUGAAAAGAUUGUCAUCAGUGGGAGUAGAGCAUUCCCUGCUCUGGAGUGUUUAAAUAUUGAGGUAGGAAUAGGAUGCCCAUCAAACAUGACCUUGCAGGCCGGUGCAAUGCCCAGGCUCCAGAGGCUCAACCUGAAGUUCGAUGGCCGCUGGUUGAAGCAGGAUGGGGUCACAGUCGCACCUGCCGGCAUGGAGCACUUGUUAGCACUCCAAGAAUUGUCUGCACAAAUUGUCUGCGAAACGGGUGCUCCAGAAUCUGAUAAAACAAGCAUAGAGUCUGGAUUCAGGAGUGCUAUAGCAAUGAAUCCACGCCAUCCGCUAUUUGGAAUCAAGUUUUUGGAGGAAGAAGAUUAAGUUUUCGCCUAAUUGGUACUGAUUCAUCAUUCGUCUCAGCAGCAGAAUAUUAAGGAGUGGCUUUCAUUGUCUAUCAUUUGGAACAACACGGCCAGAACAUUACAGGCAUACUGGAGGAAGAUGUCUCACGCACAUAUGUAUGUCACAAGAUAAGAUGUGUCAAGAUACCGAUUUGUUUAUUUCAUCCAACUAUUUCUUCUCCUUUUUCGAUAUCAUCCAUUAUUUACUUCGAGUUGCUUCUACCCUCUAAAUUGUUAUUGUCAGACUUCAAUUAUGCUUGUAAUAAAGGCAGGAGCUUGCACUGGCGGUGCUUUCCUCCCAGCCUCAGAAUUAUCUUUAUUGUUGUUUUUGGACUUUGGUGUGCUUGUUUGCUACCAGUGUGGUGAUAAAAACUUGGUAAGCGACUGAAGUGAUAUCUAUCAAUUCAACUGAGGUGUGAGCUGCU